AUGGCAUCUGCUCAUUCGAUAUCACAGCUCCCGCAGCACCAAACCGCCAUUGUCGCACAAGGGCCCGGCCAGCUUGCCAUCCAGUGCGAUGCGCCAGUCCCCGCGCUGCGACAUGACAUGGUCCUGGUGAAGACAGCGACGGUAGCCAUUAACCCCGUCGACGUCAAGUCGCUCGACUACAGCGCGGCCCCGGGAGCCAUCAUGGGCUUCGACUUUGCGGGCACGAUCGUGGCGCUGGGCGCCGAUGCGGUAGCGGCCGGACGUCUCGCGGUGGGCGAUCGCGUGGCGGGAGUGGUGUACGGCAUGGACAGACUGCAGCCGGACGUUGGCGCCUUUGCCCAGUAUGUGGGAGCGCUGGCCGACCUGGUGCUCAAGAUCCCCGACGACAUGCGUUUCGAGGACGCCGCGGCCCUGGGGCUGGCGACGGCCACAGCCGCGUAUGGCCUCUUCAAUGAACUACAGCUAGCCGGGUCCCUCGAGGGGCUCAACGCCGAGGAUGCUCGGCCUACCGGUGACUUUGUCCUGGUAGCCGGUGGCAGCACAGCGACGGGUACGCGUGCGAUAGAACUGCUCAAGACGGCUGGAUUCCGCCCAGUUGCCACCUCCUCGCCGUCCAACUUCGAGCUGGUCAAGCGGUUCGGGGCCGAGAAGGUCUUCGACUACCAUGACCCCGAGUGUGCAGAGAAGAUUCGCGCGUACACGGGCAACGAGCUCGAGUACGCGCUCGACUGCGUGGCCGAGGCGGAGACGACCCAGCUGUGCUACGCGGCCAUCGGGCGUGCCGGUGGGCGCUACGUCGCCGUGGAGCCGUUCCGCGACUCCAUCGCACAGAGCCGGGCCCACACCAUCGAGCCGUCGUGGUUCAACGUCAUGACCAUCUGGGGACGCAAGGUCGAGCUGGGCGGGGAGUACGGCCGCGAUGCCUCGCCCGAGGAUCGGGCCUUUGGCGCGCGUUCCUUCGCCGCGGUGCAGAACCUACUCGACAGCGGCCGCCGGGUGACUACGCAUCCGGUCAAGGUCAUGCCGGGUGCUUGGGAAGGCGUUAUGCAGGGCGUUGCGCAGAUCCGCAGUCAGCCACCGUCGGGGUACAAGUUAGUCUAUCCGGUUGCUUAG